GCCCCGGGUUUACCGCCCGCGGGCUGCUGCCUAUGGGCCAGCUGCGCCUGACCGGCGCCCGCCCCCCCGAUGCCCCCGGCCCCCCUGCCUCGUCGCCGCUGCUCCCGCCGGGGCGAAGGAGGCUGUUGCUGCUUCUCCUCUUCAUCAUGCUCGCCUUGUGGCUAUGCAUGGUCUACUCUUGCGUCACCGGAUCGUGCGCCUCGGCCGCGCCGGGGCUGUUGCUGCUGGGCUCCUCGCCGUCUGCUCGGAAGGCGCACAGUCCGGAUCUCAGCCAGCUGCUGCCACCAUCCCGGACGGCCAAGGGCCAGCUGAGAGCGGAUCUGGAGAACGACGAGGACGAAGACGAGGAAGAUCUGGGUGGCGGCACCAACAACGGAGUGGCCCCGGAUUCCCCCAGCUUCAUUUCCAGUUUCCUGAAUGGCUCUGGGACGAAGCGGCUGCCCCAGGCAGUGAUCAUCGGCGUGAAGAAGGGUGGGACUCGGGCGUUGCUUGAGUUCCUGCGGGUUCACCCGGACGUGCGGGCGGUGGGCGCCGAGCCUCACUUUUUUGAUCGCAACUACGAACGAGGCCUCACCUGGUACAGGGAUUUGAUGCCCAGAACUCUUGAUGGCCAGAUCACCAUGGAGAAGACUCCCAGCUACUUUGUCACUAAGGAAGCACCAGCUCGCAUCUCCUCUAUGUCGAAGGACACCAAGCUCAUCGUGGUGGUGAGAGACCCGGUCACCCGAGCCAUUUCUGACUACACACAAACCCUUUCCAAGAAGCCAGACAUCCCCACCUUUGAGAGCCUGACCUUCAAAAACAGAACUACGGGCCUGAUCGAUACCUCCUGGAGUGCCAUCCAGAUUGGCAUUUAUGCCAAGCACCUGGAAAAUUGGCUCCUGUACUUCCCCCUUGGGCAAAUCCUUUUUGUCAGUGGGGAGAGACUGAUCAGUGAUCCAGCAGGCGAGUUGGGCCGGGUCCAGGACUUUCUGGGCCUCAAAAGGAUCAUCACAGACAAACAUUUCUACUUCAACAAAACCAAGGGGUUCCCAUGCCUGAAAAAGGCCGAAGGCAGCAGCAAGCCCCACUGCCUGGGCAAAACGAAAGGACGGACCCACCCCAACAUUGACCAGAAAGUAGUGCGGAGGCUGCGAGAAUUCUAUCGGCCGUUCAACAUGAAGUUCUACCAGAUGACUGGCCAUGACUUCGGCUGGGAUUGACGGCACUUGCAAGAGUCGAUCCUGUCUUUCAGCUUGCUUUCCCCCUACAUAUGUAGAUAGGUCUAUAUGUAAAAUGUACAGAAAUCUAUUUUAUAAUAAUUUAUUUUUUAAUUCCUAAGCAAUUAAUUCACUAAGCUGCCUAACCCCACUGUAGCUCAUAGUUGUGCUCUUGUUUGUUUUGAACAUUCCACCAUGCUGAGUCCUGCCAGGCUCUUUGUGGCCUGGGUUCAGCUUGUGCUGGAAAGUGCUUCCAGGUAUUUUCCCAGGAGAACUUUAAUAUUAAAAAUAAAAAGGGGGGCAGGGGGAGCUGAUGGUUAAGAGACAAUGAGAAAAGCACAAUCUUUAUUAUAAUUAUAAUUAUUAUUCUUUUUUUUUUCCGAUACGGGUACUAGGCAUGUCAAAACAAUUUUGUACACGGCCCUUCAUAUUGCAUCUCUGGCUUUCUUCCUUCCUAGGUCAAUCCACAGACAUUUGUAUUUUGUUGACUUGGAAACAGCCUGGAA